CCCCGUCCACACGCUUAUAUAUUCUCUACCGUCGUCUUCCCGGAGGGCCGCGGAUACACGGCGGUAACACCGGCGCUGACACACCCGAGCGAUUCACCGUGGCAUCAAGAUCAGCUCAGCAGCUCCUACCCUACCUAGUACCCACCAACCACCGACGCAGCACCACUCCACUUCACUGCGCGAGCGCGCGUGCGGAGUGCCUCCGUCGUUCCGAGGAAUUCAGGGGGAUGGGGAUGGAGUACGAGCCGGUGCCGCUGGCAGCGCCGGCGCCGAAGAAGCCGGCGGCGGGCGGGCGGGCGGCCCUGAAGCUGCUGCUGGCCCUGCUCCUCGUCGGCCUCGCGAUGCGGCUGCUCGCCGACCGCUGCGCCUCCCGCCUCCUGCCGCCCACCGCCCCGACGGAGGAGGCCGCGGCGCUCGCCGUGACGGCGCCGCCGGCGCAGGAGGAGGCCGGCGGCGGGGACGGGGUGCCCGUAACUCCCAGCGGUGCAGGGAGGUGUGAUCUCUUCCAUGGGGAAUGGGUCCAUGAUUCCUCUGGCCCAGCUUACACCAAUGCAACCUGCCGGUUCAUUGAGACUCCACAGAACUGUAUGUCGAAUGGAAGGCCUGACGAUGGUUAUCUGUACUGGAAAUGGAAACCGUAUGGCUGCGAGGUCCCGCCGUUUGAGGGCAAGACGUUUCUGGAGGACAUGAGGGGCAAACACUGGGCACUAGUGGGCGAUUCGAUCCUCCGCAACCAUGUCCAAUCAUUGCUUUGCCUUCUUUCCAAGGUUGAAGAUCCUACAGAGGUGUAUCAUGACAAAACCUACCAGUCCCGGAGAUGGCACUUCCCAUCCUACAACUUCACGCUCUCCCUGGUGUGGGCGCCGUUCCUCGUCAAGGCGGAGAUAUUCGAGGACGAGAACGGAUUCUCGUCGGCGGAGCCGCGGCUGACCUUCGACGUCCUCGACGCCAACUGGAUAAGCCAAUGGACCACCUUCGACUACGUGAUCAUCUCGACGGGGCAGUGGUUCUUCAAGAAGGCGGUGUACCUGGAGAAGGGGGCGGUGAUCGGCUGCCACUUCUGCCAGGACAAGAGCCUGAGGGAGGUGAGCAUCGACUACUCCUUCCGCAGGGCCCUCCGGGAGGCGUUCCGGUUCAUCACUGCGUCAGCGCACCGGCCGGUAGUGUUCUACCGGACGUGGUCGCCGUCGCACUUCGAGGGCGGCGAGUGGUUCAGCGGCGGGCGGUGCGACCGAAAGGCCCCGUUCAAGCCGCGGGAGGCCGGUGACCGCGCGCUGGACAACCUCAUGUGGCGGGUGGAGCGCGCGGAGUUCGCCAAGGCUGCGGCGGACGACGGUGGCAGCGGGGAGGGACGCCGCCUGAGGCUGCUGGACACGUUCGAGAUGUCGCUGCAGCGGCCUGACGCCCACGCCGGGCCGUACCGGGUAUACCAGCCGUUCGCCAAGGGGGCCGACGCCGGCAAGGUGCAGAACGACUGCCUGCACUGGUGCCUGCCCGGUCCGAUAGAGGCGUGGAACGACAUCAUCAUGCAGAUGCUGGCCGAGGACUGAGACCUCGCCGUCGUUCGGCAUGAUCGGGCGGGCGGGCCAACUGGUUUUUUGACAUUGCGCGGGAUGGGGGGUGUGUCUUCUUGCUGGCAGGGGUUCAUGGUGCCCGGUUAGAGGCUUGAGUGAUGUUACCAGGUGUACGUUGGGACUUGUGAAACUGUGUUGUCACCGGUCACACCUGGUUUGUGCUUGGACUUCAAAAUGCCGGCCUUUCUAUGGACAUUUUGUAGCAGGCAUACAUAUAGAAUAAUGAUGCAAGAAAGAAAUCCUACACCUGAGUUACUUCCUCCGGUCCUUUUUAGUUUGCAUAUAAGUUUUAUCCAAA